GAACAAAUGUUCUUGAAGAUUUGCCAUUUAACAUUUUUUUUUCAUGUUACGAAAGAGGAUACAUAUGGGCUUAGGAUUUAUAUUAGAUAACGAUACACACUACACACGUAUUCCAUGGUCAGAGACAAAAGAAACACACUUGAACGAGCAUAACAGAGAAUGGUUCAAGUUGGUAAAAAACAAAAUAGACGCAGAUGACUAUUUAAAAGCAUCACCUGGGUUUCUAAUGAGAAUGCUCAACGCAGCAUUUACUACUGUUGGUCUAUACUUGGAGUUGAAAUCCCUAAUACCUCCCUAAAAUGCCUGCGUUCAAGUGAUGAUUCGAUGACGAUGUUCGCUGCAGUUGACGCAAAAUCACUUAUACAAUUGAUGACCUACACUUAUAGCCUCUUAAGAGCAUUUGGAAUAAAUCCUCCAGUAGAAAAAACGAUAUUGUUCCCUCAGGGAUUCGGUGAAUAUACAAGCUGGUACCAAGAUGGAGAUUUCAUCGGACAGUGCGAUGUAGGGACCAGCUCACUGAAACCUGGGGGUCAGAAUCCUCAAGAUGACUUCAAUAACAUGGCUGCUCUUACAUUGAACUUGAUGAGAACGUACACUAUAAAUGUGAUGGGGCCAAUAUCAAGGAUCUGUAUAGGAAUUAAUAACGCAAUUGAAGGGAAGUGGAAAAUUUCCUCCAAAAUUGAGAAGUUUUGCCCUAACUCCCAACGUCUACUCAAACUCAGCCUACAACUACAUUAGAAGAACUUUUGGAACAAAUGCUCUCCCUCACCCAAGGACCUUGUCAAAAUGGUGUUGUUCGGUAGAUGGAUCACCAGGAUAUACAUCGGAAGCAAUAAAAGCUGUGAAAAUUAAGGUGGACAUUGAAAAG